CUGGACAACGGCGAGCCGUGCAUCGAGGUGGAGUGCGGCGCCAACCGCGCGCUGCUCUACGUGCGCAAACUCUGCCAAGGCAGCAAGGGUCCGUCCAUCCGCCACCGCGGGGAGUGGCUCACACCCAACGAGUUCCAGUUCGUCAGCGGCCGAGAGACGGCCAAGGACUGGAAGCGCAGCAUCCGCCACAAAGGAAAAAGUCUGAAGACGCUUAUGUCCAAGGGGAUUCUGCAGGUGCACCCUCCGAUCUGCGACUGUCCCGGCUGUCGAAUAUCCUCCCCGGUGAACCGGGGGCGGCUGGCUGACAAGAGGACAGUUGCCCUCCCCACUGCACGGGUCCUAAAGAAGGAGCUGACCCCCAGCUUCUCGCCCAGUGAUGGUGACAGCGAUGGGAGUGGCCCAGCCUGUGGGCGGCGACCAGGCUUGAAACAGGAGGACACCCCACGUGUCCGUAUCAUGAAGAGAAGAGUCCACACCCACUGGGACGUGAACAUCUCCUUCCGAGAGACGUCCUGCAGCCAGGACAGUGACCUGCCCACCCUCAUAUCCAGUGUCCAUCGAAGCCGCCACCUCGUUAUGCCAGAGCAUCAGAGCCGCUGUGAAUUCCAGAGAGGUGGUGUGGAGAUAGGCCUGGGAGCCUCAGGUGACCUGUUGGGCAAGAGGCUAGGCCGCUCCCCCCACAUCAGCAGUGACUGCCCAUUGGAGAAAAAGGCACGAAGCAAGUCGCCCCAAGAGACUCUGUUGCUGCCAGAACUAGGGCCCAGCAUGGCCCCUGAGGAUCACUACCGCCGGCUUGUGUCUGCCCUGAGUGAGGCCAGCACCUUUGAGGACCCCCAGCGUCUCUACCACCUGGGCCUCCCCAGCCACGAUCUCCUGAGGGUCCGGCAGGAGGUGGCGGCAGCAGCUGUGAGGAGCCCCAGUGGCCUGGAAGUCCACCUGCCUUCAUCCACGGCAGGUCAGCGUCGAAAGCAGGGCCUGGCUCAGCACCGAGAGGGCACCAUGCCAGCUGGCACCCCAUCCUUCUCAGAGAGGGAGCUGUCGCAGCCGCCCCCCUUGCUGUCACCCCAGAAUGCCCCGCACAUCGCCCUGGGCCCUCACCUCAGGCCCCCCUUUUUGGGGGUGCCCUCGGCUCUUUGCCAGACCCCAGGUUACGGGUUCCUGCCCCCUGCCCAGGCGGAGAUGCUGGCCAGGCAGCAGGAGCUCCUGCGGAAGCAGAACCUGGCCCGGCUGGAGAUGUCUGCAGAGCUGCUGCGUCAGAAGGAGCUGGAGAGCGCGCACCGGUCUCAGCUGCUGGCGCCCGAAGCCGCCCUGCGCCCGUCGGAGGGCGCCGAAGAGUUGCAGCGGCGCGGGGCCAUGCUGGUGCUGAGACACAGCUCCGCGCCGCUGCUGGCCCUGCCCCCCCAGGGACCCCCAGGCCCCGGCCCACCCACCCCUCCCCGGGAGCCCGUCCGCCGAGCCCUUCGGAAGGGGGGCCCCAGCCCUGCCUCAGCCCACUCCAGUGAGUCCAAGGAGACCACGGGGGCCGGGUUCUGGGCACAAGAUGGCUCUGAGGAUGAGCCCCCCAAGGAUUCAGAAGGCGAGGACCCUGAGAUGGUGGCUGCUGGGGGCCAGGGCCCCAACCUGGGCCAAGCCCCAACUGGAGGGGCCAGCCCUGAGGGGAAGGGGCUUCUCUCAGGGUCCAUGCUGCCCCCUCCACUGCCCCUGGGCUUACCCUACGCCGUCAGCCCCUACUUCCACACAGGCACCAUGGGGGGACUCUUCAUGGAUGGAGAGGAGGCCACCGCCCCUGAGGACCUCAGCAAGUGGACAGUGGACGAUGUCUGCAGCUUUGUGGGGGGCCUGUCCGGCUGUGGAGAAUAUGCACCGGUAUUCAGAGAACAGGGGAUCGAUGGGGAGACCUUGCCCCUGCUGACCGAGGAGCACCUCCUGACCACCAUGGGGCUGAAGCUAGGGCCUGCUCUCAAGAUCCGGGCCCAGGUGGCCAAGCGCCUAGGCCGAGUCUUCUACAUGGCCAGCUUUCCUGUGGCUUUGCCGCUGCAGCCACCAACACUGCGGGCCCCAGAGCGGGAGCUCACCUCUGGGGAGCAGCCCCUGUCCCCAAUAACGGCCCCCUCCCCCUAUGGGGGGGGGCACCCCCAUGCUGGCCAAGCCUCGCCCAAGCAAGAGAAUGGAACUGUGGCUCUGCUCCCAGGCCCCGCAGAACCCCCCCAGCCUCUGUGCUGAACUGGUGGGUGAGCCACCCUGACCCCUAAGUCCUUCAGUGCCAGCAGCUGAUGGUGCUGACCCACCCCACAGCUUACUUGCGUUUUGGAUUUGGAUGCAAAAACACAAAGAAUUUUUAAAAGGAAAAUGUGACUUAA